UCUGAAACCUUCCAAAUGCUCUUUGCCUUCUCUUAUAACAAAGCUUCUGCAAUAGCAAAAAACUCAGACCAGCAUUCGGAAAUCGAGCAUUCGUCCGUACGAUUUUCUUCGUGCGCUUCGUGUAGAAGUGAUUUCAGGGUUUCUGAAAUCCAGUUUUGAGGUGGGAAUCCGGAGGCAUAAGCAGUGGUGAAGAUGCUUUCGUCUAUAGGGGGAAGAAAAAACAAGAUUGCCUUCAGCUUCGAUCCCGAUGUUGCAUUUUCUUACAUUGAUCAGAGGCUUAAAGAUGUUUUGGGUAAUUGCCAGAAGGAUUUCGAGAGAGAUUUCUGCAGAGAAUCUGGGACCAAAAUUUGGUCAGUUUGGAUCAUUUUUACCAGUGCUUCUACAGAAUCCUCUUAUGCAAUCGCAGCAUAAGAGUCUUGCAAGUACACAGACGCAAAACAAAGUUGAGAAUAUACACUCGACCUCCACGUGUAAAGGGUUCAAGCGAGAUAGAUCCUUAUCGCUUGCUCAAGUUUGUGAAGAUUCUACCCCAAAGCAUGAGACUAUAGUGGAGAAAUCAAGAGUAUGUGACAAAAAGACACUAAAAAUUCACCUUAAAGUUGGCGUUGGCGAAGUACCUAAAAGAAAUUCUGCAGGUUAUGGGCAUAAGAAGUGUAACAUGCAAGACUGCCCCAACAUUACAAAAAGGAGGAAGGUGGGAUGGGCAAAUGGGGUAACUAAUGAUGUCGUAGGAGUGCAAAAAGAGUCGACCGAGCUUGAUAACCUGAAGCAAUUAGUUAAAAAAGCAACACCUUCAUCUUCUAAUGAUGUUGUGAAUGCCCAAGGUCUUCAAAGUCUAGUUGGAAAGGACUAUUCGCUUGCUGAGAAGACCUUGAAAGAAGCUAUUGAUUUGAAACAUUCAGCUGACCGUUUAAAGAAUGGAGAAUCGGAAGUUGAAGUUAGUGGCAUAUAUCUUCGUGCAGCCUUAAAAUUUCUACUUGCCGCAUCGAUGUUUGAGGUUCGUGACAUGGGAAGCAUAGCACUAGGAGAAAGAACUCAGUCAACAAACAUCUAUAUUGACACACCAAAGAUCUUGAAGCAAUGUGCCAUUUCAUUUGAGAGUACUGGAGAGAUUGCUGCCGCUGCUCUUGUGUACAAAUGCAUGGAAGUAGCAUAUAUGAGAGUAAUAUUCUCUAUGAGCUCACAUAUACGUAGAGACAGUCGCAAAUUACAGGCAUCUCUGCAUGGUCAUCCAUUUGGGCAAGAAUCAUCACCAUCAUCUGCUAUUGAUGCAACCAAUAUACAUGAGGAUGGCGUACUACCUGGGUCCAAAGCGAAGGGAGUCGAGCCACUUGCCAGCAAAGCUACCUGUAGCAGCAUGCACCUCCUUAAUUAUGUUGAAUAUGUCAGGUCUGCUAUUGAUGCUACUCAGAGAUCACUAUCAGCAUUGAAAGUUGCUCAGUUGAAAUACAGAGUGGGCAGCUGUGAAAACAACACUUGAUUUUCACUUCCAUGACAUGGAUGGAUUCAUACGUCUGGUCCAGCUAGCAUCAGAGGAGAUUGACAUUUAAACCAUCAAUCACAAAGAUACAAAUGGAUGGCAAUCUCAGCAUUUUGUGGAGACAUUGUAUAGUGGCCCACACCUGUGACUCCAAAUUUUGAAGGUCCAGUUGUACACAGUGUUCGAAGUAUCGAUAUCGCUACAAGUUUCGCUGGCCAGGGAUAUGAAAACAGUAUCAAUAUCAUUGAAAAUGCGGGGAAAUAUUAGAAAAAUAGUAGAAUUUUCAGCGAAACUUUA